GAAGGAGCAGCAAGGGUUCAAUUGGAAUUCCCUUACAAGUAAACAGUAAUUUCCAUUUCGUCUAAAGUUGGGGAGUAACUCGGAAGAGAGAGAUUUCAGCCACAAAUUUCAUCUGGAGGAAAACACCAAAAAUUUAAGCCUUGCAUCAUUGCUUGUUAUUCAGAGGCAAUAGAUCGUCUGACAAUUAAUCACAUCAUCCAAUGCCCUCAGCAACGCCGAGGGCUACCCUCGCCAUCAGACCUCGACCUUCGGAACCACCACAGCCCAUAAAUCGCAAACACGCACCUUGCACUUCGUACCCCGAAAGUUCUCCUCUUGACAAUUUCUCUUUCUAUAAUCGUCCAACUCUUUCAGAUCGUCCUUCAAAACGAUCCAUGACCACUCCAUCGAAAACUAUCGCUGUCGUCAAUUCCUCCGGACGACAGGCUGCAUCAUUUAUCCGCGUUGCUAGUGCAGUGGGCUAUAAUGUACGAGCUCAAUUGCGAAAUCUUGAUGGGAUAGUAGCGUCUGAAAUUUCUUCUCUUCCCAAUGUUACUGUCCUAGUAGGCGACCUAUUCAUCAAACGAUCUUCGUCAUCGUCGCCAACAUUAGAUCCCGAGACUACCAAACUAAAUGAUGCACUGAUUCGAGAUCUUUUCCACGGAGCGCAAUUAGCAUUUAUCAAUACUACAUUCUGGGGUGAUGAAUAUGCUAUUGGUUGUGCUCUGGCCGAUGCAGCGGCAGCUGUCGGUAUAGAGCAUUAUAUCUAUUCAUCUAUGCCCAAUCAUUCUGUCGUCUCCUCUUCAUGGCCAUCAUUACCUCUCUGGUCCGAAAAAUACGCAGUCGAAACAUACAUCCGAACCAAGCUACCUUCUCUCCGAUCAACAUUCCUCUACACCGGAAUUUACAACAACAACUUCACAUCGCUACCAUACCCGUUAUUUUGCAUGGCUCUCCAACCCGACGGUUCCUUUGAGUGGCAAGCUCCUUUCCAUCCGGAUGUACCUUUACCAUGGCUAGACGCCGAACAUGAUGUUGGACCCGCAGUCUUACAAGUAUUCAAAGAUGGACCACCAGCUUCUUCCUCGAAUCCUCGUCGCAUACCUCUCGCUUAUGAGUUUCUCUCUCCCAAACAAGCUUGCGCUGCCUUUUCCCGCGGUGUCGGUCGUUCAGUAAAAUAUAAACAUAAUCCUACUAUUGAAGUGCGAGUUAAGAUCCCGCGAGGAUAUAAAGAUCAAUUAGUCGCACUAGAACAGAUGUAUUCAUUAGGACGCUCGGAUCCAAGACGCCAACCUCCAUAUUUCGCCGAGCAGGAAUUAGAGGACCAGGUACCGGAAGAAGCGCUGAAGUUAUGGGAAGGAUAUCGAGGAUUGGAGGAAUACGCUCGGGAAGUUUUCCCGCUGGAAGAAGCCGCCAACGGAUUGACGUGGAUGGUGGAGGACAAUUACGAGGAUGGGACGUACACCCAUAAUGAGGUUACGAACGGAGGAAACGAUGAUAAUGCAAGCUAUGAAGAAGAAGACGACGACGACGAUGGGUUGACUAUAGGCGGAGGUCUGGGUACAUCGGGCGAAGCCACACCGGCGAGGAAGGAAGAGACGUGGCUCGCAUGAAAAAUCCUCUGCUUCGAGACUUCCACAACGAUUUUGGUGAUGUUUAUUAGAUCUACAGACUCACUUACGAAAUUCAAACGAUUUAACGGCAAAGGCACACAAAAGUGCAGGAAAAGUUCUUGCAAUUAUAUGGGAAUGUUGCAUGUACUUACUUUAUUUACAACUUUAUGCAACAUCAUAUCAUAUCACAUCACAUCACAUCAUAUCUCAACAUAACAUAACAUAACACAACGCAACAAACACUCAAAUACUCCAAUAAAACAGAAACCUCUUCUCCUCUCACCUCGAAACAAAAUCACAACAAAAGAAUCACGGAUAGCAUAUUGCAUUGCAUGGACGGGCGGGCGGAUGGGUGGGCGAUGGUGGGACGGACGGGCGGGCGGGCACGGAGUCAAAUAAUCAUAUUCAUAUUCACAUUCACAUACAAAUUCAUAUUCACAUUCAAAAUUCGCAGUUCAAAAUUAACACACACACACACACACAAAGAACUUGUGAAACAUCAGCAGAUAAACGGGCAGCUAUUACAUUGGAAGAGCUCACCCAUAGGAAGUUAUCCAUUAUUCUGGGAUGGGGAGAUAGGGAGGAUGGGGAUGUAAUUUUUGGUGGAGGGGGGAUACUAUGUAUGUGUGUAUUUAUGGAUGAAUCCAUCAAAACAUCGAUGAAUAGUGAGCCGAGCUAAACUGAGUUGAGUUAAGUUGAGUUGAGUUACUUGGUGUAGAGAAAAUAUACAUACACAUAUACAUAUGACAUGAUGUAAUGAUUAAUAAGUAUAUAAUGAAUAAAGAUUCUCUACCACCUAGAAACGUCA